ACUACAAUAAUAUAAUAUAUUUAUAGCACUCAGAAAAAUUGUCAACCACUGGAGCUCCACCACCGCCUCCUCCACCACCGCCGCUUUCACAGAAUGAUUUGGGAAAUCAAGGCCCGGAAGUGAAAUCUAUCAAUGGUGAUAUUCGUAAGAGAAUUAUUAUGGACGAAUCUGACCGGCACGUAAUUAGCAAUAAAAGGCUUUUGCCACCAUUGUAUGAUUCCCGCAAUGAUCUUAUGAAAGCAAUACGAGACGGAAUAACUCUUCGUAAAGUGGAGAAAUCAGAACAAAAAGAAAUUGAAAUAAACACCGCUUUGCACGAUGUAGCUUCAAUCUUGGCAAGACGUGUUGCCAUUGAACUUUCGGAGUCGGAGGAAUCAGAUACUGAUGACGACAGUGAAGGAUGGAUGGAAUCGGUUGAAAUAUCAGCUUGAUUUUUGGCCUUAAAUUGGUUAUUGUGAAAAUUUAACUCGAUAAACGAUAAACAAUGAGAAAAAGAUAAGUAUCAUUGACAAAUAAAAUGUUCACCAUUAAAGAUAUA